AUGGCGGGUCCAGCGGGCAGGCUUUUUGUGGAGACAUGUGUCUACUUCAGCGGGGUCUACGAGUCGGGACCUGAUACCUGUCCAUUCGCACCGACGUCCGCGCCAACGCCAACGCCAAAUCCAAGAACUGCCAGCCCUACCACCACCUCCACCAACCCGUCGACGACCCAGUUGUCCUCCCCAUCUCCUCCGGGCCCGACGGUCGCGGUCGCGGCCACGCAUACAGCCCCAUCAUCCGCGCCGAGCAGCCCCAGCCUCAGCAUACACAGCCCAGCUCCCGCAAUCAGCUCUGCUUCUGUCUCCUGCCCAUUUCUUUCCCACGCGAGUACAGCUGUAUCGCCCCCCUCUUCGCCUCCGCCUGGAAGUAUCCCGCUUAUGCCUGGUACCAUCGCCGGUAUCGUGCUCGGCACGCUGUCGAUUGCCGCCCUCUCCUUGCUCCUUGCCUUCUGUCUCUUCCGCUGGCGCCACAGGCCACGUACGGCGGGAAGAUCUGUUGAAAGUGUUGGAGACUCGGCCGAAUCGGUGCUGUCCCCGCGAUUACAGUCGCCGUAUUUAGACUCCUGGGGCGACGCGACCACCAACACGCCUCCUUCGACCCUCCUAGACCGCGAUGCUACGGUAGUCGACGGAAUGAUGAGUCCGGUGGAUGGCCAUGAUGCGCUGCACUAUGAGAGCACGUCCGCGAGCUAG